AUGAAUGACAUCAAAGAAGACUCUAGGUUCAAGAGCUACAUAGGAGAGUCUGAACUGCUGGAGUCCAUCACAUUGAAUGACGCCCAGAGAACCAAAUUUCUAGAAGGUGAAACAGUUGUAUGUGAAGCACCAAAAGUGUUGAUGUAUCCUCCACUGAGUGAUAGAAAAAAGUAUAUUGCUGGUGUGCUCACAGUUACUACCUUCAAACUAUCAUUUGCCAGUGCUGUAGAUCAAGAUCCUUCUAAUUGUCAUCAACAUAAUUUGUUACUGGGGGUCAAUGAUGUAUGCUUGUCUUCCAUAGAUGUUAUUUACCAGAUAGGAGAUCGUACCAGGAAGAAACUUUCCCCUGGACAAAAUGUUACUGGAAAAGUUAAAGAUAUACUUAUUGUAUGCAAGAACAUGAAGUGUUUAGAAUUGAGCUUUAAAAUGUGUGAUAAAGAUAGUGGAAAAACUAUAGUGAAUGCUUUACUGCAUCAUGCUUAUCCUAAGAGACAUACCCUGUUAUUUGCUUAUGAUUAUAAGGAGCCCUAUGUAAAUAAUUCUCUACAUAAAGAAGCCAGGUUUUACCAAAAUAAUGCUGAUUGGGAUAAAGAACUGAAAAGGACUAAAUGUCCAAACUGGAGAACUUCUCAAGUGAAUUAUAAUUAUCAAACUUCUCCAUUACUUAUAGAAACUAUGAUUGUACCUAAGUCAGUAAGUGAUAGUAUUAUUAAUGAAGCUGUAGAGAAAUUCAGGAACAGGUUUUGUCCUCUAUGGGUGUGGGGUACACACAAAGGUGCAGCCCUGGUAAGAAUGGCUGACCUUCUACCUACAAUCACUGAUAGAACUGAAGAAAAUAAACUUUUGGAGCACAUACGCAAGAGUCACCCUGAAAAGAAACCACCCCAUAUAAUUGAUUUGUCCUCCCCCACUCCCAAAGAUAUCCAAUCAAGUUUUAUGAAAUUGAGAGACUUGUGCACUCCUGAGAAUACAAGGGUGUUCAAAAGUCAAGAUUUCAAGUUCUAUGGGCUGCUGGAUAAUACAAAAUGGUUGUUGCAUGUUUCCACUUGUUUAACUAAAGCACUAGAGGCAGCUGAACAUUUGUCAUCAAAAGAAUUGACAGUUGUUCUACAAGAAGAUGUUGGGAGUCCCAACUUGGGACAUAGUCUGAUAAUAAUUACAAAAAAGGAUGAUUCAUCGCUCGUCCAAAAAGAAUGGGUGGCCCUUGGCCAUCCGUUCGCCAACAGGUUGGGGCACAUCUUGUGCAAAGAUAUCGAGCCCUCGCCCAUCUUCCUGCUCUUCCUCGACGCUGUGUGGCAGCUGCUGCAGCAGUAUCCGCAAGCUUUCCAGAUAAGCGAGACUUAUCUGACCAGCUUGUGGGACGCUGCGCACGUCUCCAUAUUCGAUACGUUCUUGUUCAACUGCCAUCACGCCAGGUGUAUGGCGGAAAAGCAGUACUUGCAAGCUUUCCAGAUAAGCGAGACUUAUCUGACCAGCUUGUGGGACGCUGCGCACGUCUCCAUAUUCGAUACGUUCUUGUUCAACUGCCAUCACGCCAGGUGUAUGGCGGAAAAGAUAAGCGAGACUUAUCUGACCAGCUUGUGGGACGCUGCGCACGUCUCCAUAUUAGAUACGUUCUUGUUCAACUGCCAGGUGUAUGGCAAAAGCGUUUGGGACUGGCGCGAACAGUUCUCGGAACGAGACAUCGGCCUGUUCUGCAACCCCCUGUACGAUGAUAGUUUCAGAGAAGCGCUGAAACCCAACACCGGCUUAUCCGGCCUGGAGAAUAAAGAAGUACGUGUCAUUCCAACCACCCUAUCAUCUUACAAUGAUAUUCAAGUCUUGCCAAGUUUCCAGUAUGACCCACCAUCAGCAAAUGAUCUCAAUCACUACAUUAUCACAUUACUCACAUCUCAACUACAAUUAGCAAAAGAAGUAUGUUCCUCCACACAGUUUUCUAAUAUUUUGAAACAAAGACUGCUCAUUCUCAAAAGGAUUUAUCAUGCUUUAAUCAAGAAGUAUCAUGAUAAAGAUAAGUCUGAAUGCUUUCCAUGUGAACCAUCUACAAGUAGCACCUCCUUGCCAUUGGUAUCUAGAGAAGUCACCCUAGGCUCAGAGGCAUUACUAGAAGUAGGUGUCAAAACAGGCCUCAGUUUUUUAUUCUCUUUGUUACAACAAAACUGGCAAGUGAGUGGGAUCCUGGGGAUACCAUCACUGUGCAACUCUGUAUUAGAAACCACAGUGGACCUAAUUCAAAAACUGCCACCUCUUUGCCUUUCAAAUGAUUCUCAGUUAACCAACUUGGGAACCAGUAGUCUGGAACAAGUUUGUGACUUCUUGAGAAAUGCUGUUUUACAAGAAACUGCUGCUGAUAAAAAAGGGAAACUACUCUCUUGUGAAAUCCUUUUGGGGUUAGCUUUGCAAAGGGGGUCCUUAAGGUACCUCCUGGACUGGAUAGACAUGGCCUUAGAGGCUUCCUGUGAACAGCCUGAUCUCUCAAGUAAGCUGGCCAAGAAAGCCUUGGCUCAGCUGGAAGGCUCCAGAAAUAAAUCCAAACACAGUUCCUAUGAUGAUGGAAAUGAAGAAAUUGUGAUCUACAGAGUUGCUAUCUGUUUGAUGGAAACAUUGGUCAAUAUGGCUCUUGAUUAUGGGGGUGCAUGUUCCAUUGUAGAGACUAGUGCUCCUGAAGCAGAUUCCAGCAUGUAUGAAAAAAGUGAUGUUUAUAUCGAGGCCGGCCAGUACUGCACGUUCGCCAUCCACGUCGACGGCUGCGUCAGCGCGUGCGGCAAAGGCAGCUACGGUCGCUUGGGGCUCGGCGAGUCCUCCAAUCAGAGUCUGCCCAAGCACGUGCGCCUCGACGCCGUGGUCAAACGGCUGUCGAGCUCCAAGGGCUGCGACGGGCACACGCUGGCGUUGACCGAGAGCGGUCACGUGUUCAGCUGGGGGGACGGAGACUAUGGGAAGUUGGGACACGGCAAUUGCGCCACUCAUAAGCAGCCGGAGAGGAUUACGGGGCCGUUCGCCGGGACGACCAUCAAGUAUAUCAAUGCAGGUUACAGACACUCUGCCGCCAUAACGGAGGAGGGCAGGCUGUACACGUGGGGCGAGGGCGACCACGGCCGUUUGGGCCACCUCGACAACAAUGGGCGGCACGUGCCCACCCUCGUCGCCGAUCUGGCCGACGUCGACGUCGGGACGGUGGCGUGCGGCAGCUCGCACACCUUGGUCGUCUCCAGAGAUGGAAAGACUGUUUGGUCGUUCGGGUCAGGAGAAAACGGAAAGUUGGGACACGGCGAAAUAGCGAAAGUUUACAGGCCGAAGGUGAUCGAGGCGUUGCAGGGAUUGGUGGUACAGAAGGUGUGCGCUGGGACGUCAUUUUCGAUGGCACUUACCACAAUGGGACAGGUGAGGAAAUUGUUCACUUAA